CUAAAACCCUAAACCCUGGUUCCUUUAAGACACUUCUAGACUCCUCUCCCUCCCUCUUCUUCAUACACCAAAUUCUCGUUUCUUCUUCAAUCCCUUCGCUCGGAAUCGCGUUCGUGGAGAGCUCCGCUUCAUGUAUCGCGUCGCCACAACCCUCGCCUCCAAAGCCCGGAUCGCCGGGAACAGCAGUCGACAGAUUGGAAGUAGGAUAGCUUGGAGCAGAAACUAUGCGGCCAAGGACAUCAAGUUCGGAGUAGAGGCUCGUGCAUUGAUGCUUAAGGGAGUUGAGGAGUUAGCUGAUGCGGUGAAAGUGACAAUGGGACCCAAGGGCCGCAAUGUUGUGCUGGAGCAAAGUUUUGGUGCCCCAAAAGUUACAAAGGAUGGGGUGACUGUUGCUAAGAGCAUUGAGUUCAAAGAUAGGGCCAAAAAUGUUGGUGCAAGCCUUGUUAAGCAGGUUGCUAAUGCAACAAAUGAUGCUGCUGGUGAUGGUACAACAUGUGCCACUGUCCUUACACGAGCAAUAUUUGCUGAAGGAUGCAAGUCAGUGGCCGCUGGAAUGAAUGCAAUGGAUCUGAGGCGUGGCAUCACAAUGGCUGUUGACACUGUGGUAAGCAACUUAAAAAGCAGGGCAAGGAUGAUAAGCACAUCGGAGGAGAUAGCACAGGUCGGUACCAUAUCGGCCAAUGGAGAAAGAGAAAUUGGUGAGCUAAUAGCAAAAGCUAUGGAAAAAGUUGGCAAAGAGGGUGUUAUAACCAUUGCAGAUGGUAAUACACUGUAUAAUGAAUUGGAUGUUGUGGAAGGAAUGAAGCUUGAUAGAGGUUAUAUAUCGCCUUACUUUGUCUCUAACGCAAAAACUCAGAAAUGUGAAUUAGAAGACCCCCUUAUUUUGAUAUAUGAAAAGAAAAUAUCAAGCAUUAAUGCGGUGGUUAAACUAUUGGAAUUAGCCUUAAAGAGACAAAAGCCGCUGCUUAUUGUUGCUGAAGACGUCGAAAGUGAUGCACUGGCGACUGUCAUUCUUAAUAAGCUUCGUGCAGGCAUUAAGGUCUGCGCCAUUAAAGCUCCUGGUUUUGGGGAGAAUAGGAAAGCCAUUCUACAGGACCUUGCUAUACUUAGUGGGGGUGAACUCAUAACAGAAGAGCUUGGAAUGAAUCUUGAAAAGGUUGAGCCUCACAUGUUUGGUACAUGUAAAAAGGUGACAGUAUCGAAAGAUGACACUGUUAUUCUGGAUGGGGCUGGUGAUAAGAAGGCUAUUGAAGAAAGAUGCGAGCAACUGAGAGCUGCUAUCGAAGCAAGCACCUCUGACUACGAUAAAGAGAAACUCCAGGAAAGAUUAGCGAAGCUUUCGGGAGGUGUUGCCGUCCUAAAGAUUGGAGGAGCAAGUGAAGCCGAAGUUAGUGAGAAGAAGGAUAGAGUGAAUGAUGCUCUUAAUGCUACCAAAGCUGCAGUAGAAGAGGGUAUCGUGCCAGGUGGUGGUGUUGCACUUCUCUAUGCUUCAAAGGAGUUGGAGAAAUUGGAAACAGCUAAUUUUGAUCAGAAGAUUGGGGUCCAAAUAAUUCAAAAUGCACUUAAGACCCCAGUGCACACCAUUGCUUCCAAUGCGGGAGUAGAAGGCGCAGUGGUUGUGGGCAAACUUCUGGAGCAGGAUAACCCCGAUCUUGGUUAUGAUGCGGCCAAAGGUGAAUAUGUGGACAUGGUAAAAGCAGGCAUCAUCGACCCGUUGAAAGUUAUUAGAACUGCACUGGUGGACGCUGCGAGUGUUUCAUCAUUGAUGACGACGACUGAGGCGGUGGUCGUGGAACUGCCGAAAGAAGAGAAGGACGUGCCUCCGAUGGGUGGCGGCAUGGGAGGAAUGGAUUAUUAGAAUGCAUGCCCCUACAUUGCAGAUAAGGGUUUCCGAGGCCCAGAUUUAGUCGGUAGCACUGGAAGAGAGACUAGUGUUAGGAAAUUCACUUCUGCCCCUGGAAGGAUGAUUUUCACUAUAACUGUAUAAACUAGUUCUCUCCUUGCUGAGGAACUAGUCAGGUUUCUGUAAGAUAGUUAUAUCAAGUUUUUUUUUUUUU